CCUUCGGAGAAGCCUCUGGGGAUCGGUUCGUUCAAAUCUGCUCAUUCUGCGUUUCUGACGCUGUCCACUUUGCCAACCACACCCCUCGGAGCGCUUCCAAAUCAAGCCGUUGCCGCGAAACGCAUGUUCAAGAACAACGAGAAUAGCGUCUUGAUCCACUUCAACCCCAUCGAUGAAUAUGCGCACCAUGUAUCGGAGGCACAUCUCCUAUUCUGGGGCACUACCCUUCUCAGUUUCGUUUAUUCUUUCGUGCGUAACUACAUAUCAAAGCAUGUCGCGCCACCAGGCGACCUCCCUAUCUUUGAAGUCCGCUUUGUCGAGGCCGGCGUUGCUCUGGUUCACAAUGCGGUGGCAGAUGGCAAGUCGAGCAAAAUGAUGACAUCACUCCGACGAUCAUAUCUCAUUGAAGAAUUAAUUGGAACGGAUUUGUUCUCUGCAACGACUCGAUGCCCGUUCCGUCGCUUCCAGAAGAUCUCAAGCUGUUGGCAUCGUUCCUCUGUUUUACACAACAUGUCCAAUACGAACACACCGGGCGUUUGGUCUUUCUUUCUGAUCUUCAAGGCCGGCUCCGGAAAUCUCUUGACGGAUCCGCAGGUUAUGACUUCACCGACUCUCGAACGUGGUCUGUUUGGUGGUGGCAAUUCAGGCAGGUUCUUCGAGAAGUUUCCUGAGCAGCAUGUAUGCUCCGGUUACUGCAAGUUUUUUGGACUGUCUAGUCUCAUGUAA